CCUCGCCGGCGCGGGCGCAGCCCACGGGCGAGCCCGACGCGACGCCCACUGAGGGCCAUGGGCAUUGGGCGCUGGGCGGCUCCGCGGCGCGGGGCGUUGGGCCUGGGGGCCGCCCAGGCCCGUGAGCAGCCUGGCGCAUGGCGGCGCGCCCCAGGUCGGCCGCCGCCCGGCGCCCCUCGGGCGCGCGGCGGCCGAGCCCGGCUCGGCUGCGGCCAGUGGCACCGCUGGAGGCGGGCAGGCCCUGCACGCUGAAGUACCCGCCGCGCCGGGCUGCCACGCUGGGCGCCCAGGCCGUAGUGCCCGAGGUGCCGGCGCAGGCGGCGGACGGCGGGCAGCGCGUGACCUUCGGGCGAUCGCCCGGGCUCGUCUACCCGCCGACCGGCUGGCGGCCGUCCCCCGAGGGGCCCGUCGGCGCGGCGCUGGUGCGGGACCACGUGUACGGCUACGACGGCUCCUGCUCGCGGUCCCUGUGCGUGCUGUCGGACCGCGAGUGCGCCUACCCCCUGGCGGCGCUCUGCGUGGUGGCGGAGCUCGGCACGAAUCGGCAGAGGUUCUUCGAGGGCCACACGAACGACGUGAGGUCCCUCGGCUGGAACCCGGCGCGGCGGCUCUGCGCGUCCGGUCAGGUCGACCCCAAGGGCAAGGGCACCGCGUUCGUGGCCGUCUGGGACCCGUACGACUGCUCCAGGACGAUCUCCCGCCUGAUGCACCCCGCCGACGCCCGCGCCGUGGCGGCGGUGGCGUUCAGCCCAGACGGGAACACCAUCGUCUCCUUCGGCAGCGACAAGUCGAUGACGCUGCACAUCUGGAGGGACUUCGCGAAGUGGGACGGCAGGACGAGCCGUGCCCGCCGUGAGGAGCUCGCGGCGCUGGGCCCGGCAGAGCUGUUCCAGCCCUUCUACGCGGUCACUUCCGGCCAGCAGCCCACGGACGGGAUCUUCAUGGCGCCCUCUUCCGGCGGGGACGGGCGGACGCUGACCUUCUACAGCGUCGGGCCUGGCGAGGGGCCGAUGCAGGGGCAGUUCCGCCACUGGACGGUCACGCUGCCGGCCCCCGGGUCUGCACAGGAGCCCCAGGUGGCCAAGAAGCUCGGAACCUACGGCAAGAGCCCCGCCCCCAAGAGCCCCACCUGGGUGGCAUUCGCCCCAGGCCCCGCCGGCGGCGCGUGGCUCAGCGGCGACAACGGCUUCUUCUACUCCCUGGUCGGCCCCACGGCCACGCACGGCCUGCGCGUCGCCGGCGCGGGGGCCGGUGGCUCAGCCACGGCCCUCGGAUGCGUCACGGCGCUGCCGGACGGCUCGUGGUUGGCUGGGGCAGGCGACGGCGCCCUCUACAUCGGCGUGUGCGACCCUGGGCCGCGCAUCAUCGAGCGCAUCCUGUUCACCGACCUGGACGGGGACGCCCGGCUCUUCGUGACCACCACGCAGCCGCGCCUCAACGCGGUCAGGCUCCUGUCUGGCCAGCUGGCGCUCUUCGGCACCGCCAACCACGCGCUGAUCCUGGUGGACCUCGCGCGGCGCCACGCCAUGGUGCUGCAGGUGUCGCACGCGGCAGAGACCCUGGGCGGCAGGAGUGAGGUGUGGGCCGCGGAUUUCCACCCUGGUCUCUCCAUCCUGGCCACGGGGUCGACCUCGCGCGACGUGCGGUUCUGGAACGUAGCCGAACGGCGGCCGGCCGUCGGCAGGGUGCUGCGCGGGGAGCACCCCGUGUGGUGCUUGGCCUUCUCGCGGGACGGGCAGCUUCUGGCGAUGGGGUGCGACUCUUGCGCCCUGUCGGUGCUGGGCUUCCCGUCCCUGCAGCCCUGCUUCCAGCAGUCCCUGUCGCGCGCCACCCAGAAGGGCAAAGAGAGGGUGACGGACGUGCGCUUCUCCAACGUCGGCGACCUGCUGGCAGCUGCGUGCUCGGACCGGGUGGUGUACCUCCUGCGGGUGAUCCCUGGUGGCGAUGGCGUGCCCCCGCAGGUCGACGUGCACUGCAUGCUGCACGGGAACACUUCAGCCCCGCUGUGCGUGUCGUUCUCCGCCGAUGGCGCCUUCGUGAUGACCAACUCCCGGGACACACAGAUCCUCGUGUGGCGCUCGAGAGACGGCACGAGGCAGAAGCAAAGUUCCGCCUUCCGGGACACCAGGUGGCAGGAACCGUGGACUGGCGUGCUGGGCUGGCCUGUCAUUGGCAUCUGGGGGGACCCGGAGUACGACCAGACGGACAUCAACUCGGCAUGCCAGGCCUACCCGCCUCAUGACAACCUCCUCGCCAUCGGCGACGACAUGGGCCGCGUGAAGCUCUUCAACUUCCCGAGCCCGUACCUGAACGCCGCAUGCCUGGAGUACGGCGGGCACGCCUCCCACGUGACAAGGGUGGUCUUCUCGCGCUCGAACACGCUCGUCGCCCUCGGCGGCGACGACUGCUCCAUCUCGCAGUGGUCGCUGGCAGCACCGCCCGACUUCGACCACUCGCCGCCCCCUGCGGCGCCACCAGGCCGUGGACGAGAGGGCGCCGGUGCCAGCGACCGCGGCGCUGGAGCCGGCGGCUGGGGCGCCGGAGCCGGGCCCGAGGCGGCGCCCGGGGCGGCGCCCGCGGCGCACCCGUGGGCCCUCCUCGAGGACGCGGCGGUGCCCCGGGACCGCUUCUUCGGCCUCGGCCGGCCGGCGGCGCAGCGGCAGGCGUGGCAGCCGCAGGCGGAGCAGCCCGCCGCGGUGCACCAGCCGCACGGGCCGCCGCCCGGCGGCGCCGCCGCGGCCAGACGGGGCAGCUCCGCGCCUGGGGGCACCAGGCCCGUCUACGCCAACUCGAGCCACGGGGCGGCGGCCGCGCUGAGGUGGGACCACUGAGCGCC